UGUUGUCCCUCCUUCUUUUCCCGGUCACGUGACUGCUGUCAACAAGGAAGUGCGCUGUGUCUUUGAAGCACAAAGGCGCGAGCUGCUGCUGCAAAUUACCGAUUAAAAGAUCUGGAGGGGGGGAUGCCCGCGUCUGAGCCGGUUCGGUUGGGUCGCAAACGCGCCCUGCCCUCCUGCCCGAACCCGCUGUUCCUCAAGUGGCUCACUGAGCUCCGGGACCAGGCAAGAGAGAAGGGACUGAAGAUCCAGUACACCUACCAGAAGGCCAUCAGCUCUUUAAAUAAGUAUCCGUUACCUCUUCAAAGCGCAAAAGAGGCAAAGAUCCUCCAGAACUUUGGUGACGGCAUCUGUAAAAUACUGGAUGAAAAACUGCAGCGAUACUACAGAGAGAACGGUCCAGACGCUCCUAUUCACACUCUGCCUGUAGGAGCGCCUCCUCCUGGCAGACAGGACAACAACAACCUGGCUCCCUCCAGAAAGAAGAAUGCAGCGGGGGAUCAAGGGAAAGACAAAGGAGGAGCAGGGAGGAAGAAGAAGAGGGAGUAUGUGCCCCAGAAGAGGUCUGGGGGUUAUGCCGUACUCCUCACCCUUUACAGACAGUCACAGAUCCCAGGGAGUAAAGACUACAUGUUUAAGAUGGAGCUACAAGCUGAAGCUCAGCAUCUCUGUGAUAAGUCUUUCACUGCCCCAGAUCUAGGCAGUAAGUACACUGCCUGGUCUUCCGUGAGCACUCUGAUUCAGAAGAACCUGGUGAUAAAGACCCACAACCCUGCAAGGUAUUCUCUGACCGAAGAGGGUCUGACUUUGGCGGAGCGACUGGAGUCAGCAGAACAAGGGACUAAAGACGGACCAGAGGGGGACGGAGAGGGGGUCAGAAGUGAAGGAGAGGAAGAGGAAGGUGGUCCUGGGGUUGUGGACCUUACUGGUAGUGAUGACGAUGGAGAAGAAGAAGAGAAGGAAGAAGACAUCCCCGCAGAGAGGCCACCAUGUGCUGCCCAGCCGAGCAGUACGGCUGAUGGGAUGGGUUUUUCAGGAAACCUCCAGAAUUCACAGGCAACGAGCAGAAAGCCGAACGGAGGAUGUCUUCUUCCUGGAACCUACGAAAUUAUACUCUGUGUUGACUUUAUUGAGACAACUGGCGGCAGCAGCCACUGUAAGCAGGACCUGGUCAAAGAGCUGCAGAGAAACGGAGUGACCUUCGAUGUUAGGAAGCUAAACGUCGGGGACUUCCUGUGGGUUGCUCGAGAAAAGCUCGCACCUGUUCCAGGCCAACUGCGGGCUCCUGCAGGCAGGGAGCUCGUCCUCGAUUACAUCAUUGAGAGGAAGAGGAUGGAUGACCUGUGUGGCAGCAUCAUCGAUGGACGCUUCAGGGAACAGAAGUUUCGACUGAAGAGGUGUGGUCUCCGUCGGCCCGUCUAUCUGGUAGAGGAGUGCGGGACGGCUGCCUCUCACCUGAGUUUACCUGAAACUACGCUGCAGCAGGCCAUAGUCAACACACAGGUGGUUGAUGGCUUCUUUGUGAAGAGAGUCCAGGAUGUGAGGGAGUCAGCGGCCUACCUCACAGUCAUGACGCGAUACCUGACUAAACUAUACCAGAACUGUACACUGAUCUGUCGCUCCAGAGAGCUGGAGGGUGAUGGAGGGAGUGACGAGCAGGAAAGAGGGACCCCCUUCUGCUCUCUCAUUUCUUUUGCUGAGUUCAACCAUGGUGCUGUCAAAAACAAGUGUCAGACAGUGAGAGAAGUGUUUGCCAGACAGUUGAUGCAGAUUAGCGGUUUGUCUGGAGACAAGGCGGCAGCUAUACUGGAGCACUACAGCACUCCACACAGUCUUCUGACAGCCUAUGAACAGUGUGCAAGUGAAGCAGAAAAAGAGAAACUCCUCUCUUCCAUCCGAUAUGGGAAGCUCAAAAGGAACCUGGGUCCAGCUCUGAGCAGAACAGUGUAUCAGCUGUACUGCACUCAGGGAGCUCUGUCAUAGCUGCACAUGGACACUACUUCAGAUAACAUUCGGAUACAGACUCGAGCUCGCUCAUCUUGUAAUGUGAACAUAUUCAGUCGUUCAUUUCCAGUUUCCUAAUUUAAUUGAAUAGAAUUGAUUUGAGGAUAAUUAACAUGUUGAUGUAAAUGUGAAGAUGCUGCUAUAUUUGUUACUGUAAAAGAAAAUGCUACUUGUAUAAAGAAUUUAACAAAUGUACCCCAAUGCUGCGUCAAUAAAGUUUAUUUGUAAUAUUC